UUUCUGCUCAAUCUUGCAUUGCAUUUUCAAGAGAGUGAUUAACCAGCAAAUAAUUUAGAAGCUCUAGAAGAGAAUUCAAAAGGGUUGCCAUGGCUACGCCGCAUAUUCGAAUUAUUCUAUUGAUGGUAGCAUGUUUGCUUCCAUUAUAUGCAGAAGCUAUUGUUCGCCACUACAAGUUCAAUGUUGUGAUGAAAAAUGCCACAAGAUUGUGUUCAACCAAGCCAAUUGUAACAGUAAAUGGAAAGUUCCCUGGUCCCACCAUCUAUGCUAGGGAAGAUGACAAUGUUCUAAUUAAAGUGGUCAACCAUGUCAAAUACAAUGUUAGCAUACACUGGCAUGGGGUCAAACAAUUAAGAACGGGUUGGGCUGAUGGGCCAGCAUACAUAACCCAAUGUCCAAUUCAAUCGGGCCAGACCUAUUUGUACAACUUCACUCUUACGGGCCAAAGAGGCACACUUUGGUGGCAUGCUCAUGUUCUUUGGCUUAGGGCCACUGUUCAUGGUGCCUUGGUUAUCUUGCCAAAGCUUGGAGUUCCUUACCCUUUUCCAAAACCUCAUAUGGAGCAAGUUAUUGUAUUGGGUGAAUGGUGGAAGUCAGAUACUGAGGCUAUAAUAAAUGAAGCUUUGAAAUCUGGAUUGGCUCCAAAUAUCUCUGAUGCACACACAAUAAAUGGUCAUCCAGGACCUAUCCAAGGCUGUUCUCCACAAGGAGGAUUUUCAUUGGAAGUUGAGCCUAAAAAUACAUACUUGCUAAGAAUUGUCAAUGCUGCACUCAAUGAAGAACUAUUCUUUAAGGUUGCUAGCCAUCAAUUAACAGUUGUUGAGGUUGAUGCAACCUAUGUAAAACCUUUUCAAACAGAUACCAUUGUGAUAGCACCUGGCCAAACCACAAAUGUUCUUCUAACAGCAAAACACACAACUGGAAAAUACUUAGUUGCAGCCUCUCCUUUCAUGGAUGCUCCAAUUGUAGUUGACAACAAAACUGCCACUGCCACUAUACACUAUUCAGGCACACUUGGUUCCACAAUCACCACUUUAACUUCACUUCCUCCCAAAAAUGCUACUCCACUUGCUACUACUUUCACAGACUCUCUUAGAAGCUUAAACUCCAAAAAAUAUCCUGCUAAAGUUCCAUUGAAAAUUGAUCAUAACUUAUUAUUCACUGUUUCACUUGGUAUCAAUCCUUGUCCUACAUGUGUGAAUAAUAGUCGUGUUGUAGCUGCUAUUAACAAUGUUACCUUUGUGAUGCCUAAAAUUGCCCUUCUUCAAGCACAUUUUUUCAAUAUUAAAGGUGUUUUUAGUGAAGAUUUUCCUGGAAAUCCUCCUAUAGUUUAUAACUUCACUGGAACACAACCAACAAAUUUUGGUACCACAAAAGGGACAAGGCUUUAUAAACUUGCUUAUAACUCUACAGUUCAAUUGGUUUUGCAAGAUACUGGAAUGAUAACUCCUGAAAACCAUCCUAUUCAUCUUCAUGGGUUCAAUUUCUUUGUAGUUGGUAGGGGACAAGGGAACUAUAAUCCUAGAAAGGAUGCAAAAAAGUUUAACCUUGUUGAUCCUGUCGAGAGGAAUACAAUAGGUGUUCCAGCCGGAGGUUGGACUGCUAUUAGAUUCAGGGCUGAUAAUCCAGGCGUGUGGUUUAUGCAUUGCCAUUUGGAAAUUCAUACAACAUGGGGACUAAAGAUGGCAUUUGUUGUGGACAAUGGUAAAGGACCAAAUGAAUCUGUAUUACCACCUCCAAGUGACCUCCCCAAGUGUUGAGGAAAGUAUACCAAUUUACAAUAUUCAAUUUCAUAAGAAGAGAACUACAAAUGUCAAAGGAAGGAACAAACAAGGCUAAUAACAAUACUUUCUUAGAGUAUGGGAAGAACAAGGUGUCUAAUUGACAUGUAGUUGUCUAUUUUUAUUCCCUUUUCCUAUGUUCUUUUAUAUUGUUUGUACUCUAUUUCUUCUUCUUGGAUGAUAUUUUUGGUUUAAUUAUAACUAUUAAUGUUAAUCAAAAUUUUAAUAUUUUUAAGACC